AUGAGCAGUCGCCGAAAGGCGAACCCAACCCGCGUACUCGAAGACAACGAGCUGCGCAUCCCGGAUACUUUCAUUUCCGAACCAGAAAAUAAGACACCAUCAGUAGAAGCCAACGACAGCUCAGAAAUGUUGGAGGAUUAUCACACAAAGCCUACGCAACUAGAGAUUCCGCCGGUAUCAAUUGACAAAUCUUCACCUUCACCUGGGAACGACAACGUUUCAAUGAAGAGCUCAGCUUCCAGCGUCUCCGAGCAUACCAACACUUCGGCGACGACGACGGGUGUUGAGUACCCAGAUAUAUUGGCGCAGAGCGAUCAGGGGUGCACGGCGUUGAUUGACGGUGGUACGAUUCGGGAGCAUCUCUCCCAAUUCGACAACCAGACGCAAAAAUUCGACUUCAUUGAUGAUAUUAUCAAACAGCUGAACGCACUGAAAGAACGGAUUGGUCGCGAGGAACGCCAGAAAGUUGAGGCGCACGUCGAACAGAAGGAGGAGCCGGAAGAGAAGAAGAUGCAAGUCAACCCGUUGAACGAGCUGCUCCUGCGCCAUCAGCUGAUGUUGCAGCAGCAGAAUCAGCAGCGAUUGCUGUCGCAGUUUUUGCCGAACUUCCCGAUGAAUCUGCUACCUGAGCUCCCCGGCCUCCCGAUGAACUACGAGCAGCUGUUCAAUCAAACGAUGCUCGGUGCUGCUCAGAAUCCCUUCCAGCAGAAUCUCCUCUCCGCCCUCAGCGCCGCCACGAAGAACGUGAAGCUGCCUGAGAAGCAGCCCGACGGGCCGCUGAAUUUGAGCAAGGCACGAAUUGAUGCAAAGCCUUCAAUGUUCCCGGUCGCUGCGUCUCCUCUCCCUUCCUCACCGAUCGCCAACCCGGCUGCAAAUCUUCUGGCCAACCUGCCCUUUUCGUUGAACCCGAACUUUGGAGCUGAUCCCUUCCCCUCGCAUUCUCCUGGUAGUUCUGGGAAGAGCACCCCUGGCGGUGGGAGCACACAUUCCGGUGAAGCAUCCGGUCAGGGAGCGACGCCUCAGCGUCAACAGGCUCGCUCUCCUAAUCAUAUCAAGCGUCCGAUGAACGCCUUCAUGGUGUGGGCCCGGGAUGAACGACGGAAGAUCCUAAAAGCCUGUCCUGAUAUGCACAACUCGAAUAUCUCGAAGAUCCUUGGGAGCCGCUGGAAGGCCAUGUCAAACGCCGAGAAGCAGCCGUACUACGAGGAGCAGUCGCGGUUGAGCAAGUUGCAUAUGGAGCAGCACCCGGACUAUCGUUAUCGUCCUCGCCCAAAGCGUACGUGUAUGGUUGACGGGAAGAAAGUGCGCAUUAAUGACUACAAGAACAUGCUAAAGCCCCCGAAGGACACGAAGCAGCCAAGCCAAUGGGGUGAUGAUGUCGGAGCCGCAUUGGCCAAUGGCUCUCCGCCUCAGCUCGAUUUCUCCGGCCUUUCCGGCGCCGCCCUCCUUGCCGAUCUGGCCCACCACCACCAUUCCCAUCUCCUCCAAACUGCUGAA